CGUCAGGGUCCACCAAUCUCUCGUCCGCGCCUCGUACUCUCGGGUGUGGUGUCCUUGUGGUUGGCAGCACUAUCGCGGCAUACCUGUGCUCCCCUUCCGCCGUGCCCCAGGCCGCUAGUCGCCGAGGCCCUCGGCUUUUCCCCCAGCGGUAUCUCUUAGAGGAUGACAGUUCCCGAGGAGAUGGCUGCGGAAGCGGCGAGCAAGAAGGCUGAGCGCGAGGCACUGCGUGGCGUCAUCCAGCAAUGGAACGCCAACAGACUGGACCUCUUCGAGCUCUCGGAGCCCAACGAGGACCUCGAGUUCCACGGUGUGAUGCGCUUCUACUUCCAAGACAGCGGUCAAAAAGUCGCCACCAAGUGUAUAAGGGUCGCCUCGGACGCCACCACACAAGCUGUCAUCGAGACGCUCAUAGAGAAAUUCCGUCCAGAUAUGCGAAUGCUCUCCGUGCCCGAGUACGCGCUUUACGAGAUCCACGAGAAUGGAGAGGAGCGUAAGCUCGGCUUGGAGGAGAAGCCACUGCUGGUGCAGCUAAAUUGGCAUAUAGACGACCGCGAGGGACGUUUCCUACUGCGACGCAUCGAUGACAAGACGAAUGCCCAGGGCGUCGGUUUCGCCGAGGCCUCGAGCUUUCGGCGCAAGCUCAGCAAACGCGAGAAGAAGCAGAUGAAGAAGCAGGAGAAGCUCGGCAGACUGAAGAGCGCGGGCGAGCAGGACGAGAAUGCCGCGCCUGUGGAUCAGAAUGGCGUAGCCGAAAAACUCUACACAGAGCUGCCGGAAACGAGCUUCACACGCAGCAUCUCGAAUCCUGAGGCAGUGAUGAGGCGGCGCCGGCAGCAAAAGCUCGAGCGCAAGCUCCAGCAGUUCCGGAGCAAGGAUGGCGGUCCGGAUACCGGCGGUACUCUCAAGAUAUACGGCGAGGCGCUCUGCAAGGACGUCCCAUACAAGACGCUCCUGCUCAGUAUCCGAGACUCGGCCGCCCAGGUCGUGAGGGAGAUGCUCGCCAAGUAUGGCCUUGAGAAGGUCGACCCCCAGCAGUAUUGUCUCGUGCAGGUCAACGGAGAGAAUGCGAGCGGAAAUGCACAUCAGGAAUACAUUCUCGACGAUGACGAGUGUCCGUUGGCAAUUCUCAUGAACCAUCCGUCCACACGAGGAUCCAUAAUGUUCCACGUGCGUCGAAGGCCAGCUGAUUACGUUCCGCGUAAACGUAAGAAAAAGCCAACGGGAAAAUGGAACGAGCUCGAGCAUAGGUACGAGGAUGAGAGGCUGCCCUUCCUCUUGGAGCUCAACCCCGACGGCACGGACAUCGUCAGUGGGGCCGGCGUACGACAUCGACUCCAGCCCAAUGUCACGGAAGUCGGCUCGGAGAGGCCCAUCGGGCCCCAAGCCGUUCAGGCCCAGACCUUGACGCUCACGGGCCCGACGGUCAUGCCCAGACACUGCGUCAUAGCCUUCACCGAGAAUAUCGUCACUCUAACUCCCUGUUCGAGAGACGCCCACACCUACGUCAAUAACCAGAGGAUACAUCAGACCACUAUACUACAGAACGGAGCAAUUAUUAAGUUUGGACGGAUGCACACUUUCCGAUUCAUCGAUCCUGCACCAGAGGAGCGCAUCAGACAAAGACACGACUCCGGCAGGCAGAUUGAUUACUCCUAUGACAGACGAUCCCCGGACAGCAACAGCCAGCAAGAGCUGAGCUCGGAGAAGUACAGGCCGGGCUCGGGCCUGGGGACGCCCAACGGGACCGGGGGCCAGGCCUCGAGCCCCCCGAGUCCCUCCAAGUCCGCCGCGGCUGUGGCUGCCGCGGCUACGGCGACGGGGACAACGGCAGCGGCGACGGCGACAACGACGACGGGGACGGCAGCGGCGGCAGCGUCAGCGAGCCCCAGGAGUCCCACGCGCGCCAACCACGGCCAACCCGAAGCCACCCAUAACUACGAGACGACCUUCGAUUUAGAUGGGAACGUCGAGACCGCAAGUCUUAGCAGUAGUAGAGAUGGACACAGGUGAGAGAGUGAGAGUGAGAGACAGCCACGCGGCACCGACCCCAUCCUACCGGCGGUACUCGAGUUCCUCGAGGAGACCGAGGAGGCCUUCCUCCAUGCGGUGAUAACCGACGUCGAGCCCUCGGCGCCCCAGUUCAAGCUCGCCCCGACGUACACACUUUACUUGGCGGCUCGGUACCGCGCGAGCACCCACUACAGGCCGGAACUACAGCCGACGGAGAGGGCCCACCGGCUCACCGUCAUGCUCGCCAAUGUUGCCAUCAUGAUACAAAGGGUCAUACAGGAGCGCUACAUGGACGCCUCGUCGCUGGCCCUCUGGUUGGCCAAUGGCUCCGAGCUGCUGCACAUGCUGAAGAGCGACCGGCACGUGGGCGCGUUUUCCACCCGCGCCCAGGACAUCCUCGCGGAGUCGGUCCACACGGCCUUCGACUCCCUCGUGCGCUGCGUCUCGCUCGAGCUCGCCCCGGCGAUGUCCCAAUUCAUGGCAGACGCGGACGAGCCCGCGAAGGAGGCUGGAGUCCUGCAGAUCUUCUCCAAUAGCAUGGCUCUACUGAGGCGCUGCCGGGUUAACGCGGCCCUGACCAUACAACUCUUCAGUCACCUCUUCCACGCGAUCAACGCGACGGCCUUCAACGCCCUCGUCUCCAACGGCAAUCUAUGCGUGCGCUGGUUCGGACGAAGGCUCAAGGCCCGGCUGAACGCCCUCGAGACCUGGGCCGAGCGCCAGGGUCUCGAGCUGGCGAGCCAGUGUCACCUCGCGACCAUCAUGCAGGCGACGCAUCUCCUCCAGGCGCCCAAAUACAAUGCCGAGGAGCUCGCCACCCUCAGCUCCACAUGUUUCAAGCUCAACUCGCUGCAGGUGCGGGCGCUCCUCCAGAAGUAUCAGCCGGCUGCCGACGAGCCCAGGCUGCCCGCCGAACUCAUCGAGAACGUCGUCAGGGUGGCGGAAAGCGUAGCGGACACGUUGGCACGCGCCGACGGACGCGAGAUCCGGCUAGAGGAGGAGCCGACCCUCAACCUGGCUCUGCUUUUGCCCGAGGACGGCUACAGCUGCGAGGUGAUAAGAGGUGUGCCGCCCGGACUCGCCGAGUUCCUCGCACCCCUCCAGCGCGAUGGACUCUGCCGAAUGGCCGCUCAGCCGACGAGUAGCGGCUACUGGACCAUCUACAUGAUCGAUCACAAUAACUUCCGUAGCCCCAGUGCGAUGAGCAACAGAUCCAGCGGCUAUUCCGGACACGUGGGCCAGCCGCAGAAUCAGCCCGAGAUACAAAUUAUCAAACUGCACAAAUCGACGAACGGCAUGGGACUGAGCAUAGUGGCUGCUAAGGGAGCUGGCCAGGAUAGACUUGGCAUUUACAUCAAAAGCGUCGUUGCCGGGGGUGCAGCCGAUGCCGACGGACGAUUGUCAGCUGGUGAUCAACUUCUUAAAGUAGAUGGCCAGAGUUUAGUCGGAAUAACUCAAGAAAAGGCUGCCGAGUAUUUGGUUCGCACGGGUCCGAUAGUAACGUUGGAGGUUGCAAAGCAAGGCGCAAUUUAUCACGGUUUAGCGACGUUGCUGUCGCAACCUUCGCCAAUAAUGACCAGAGCCUCUAAGGCACGACCGAAAUCGGAACACUUUGACCCUCCCAGACAAAAGGAGAUGGCUCCGUGCCAGGCUUCUUCCUCGCAUUCGAUGGGAAACCUCUUGUCCGUACCCCGGCACUCGGCCGGACACGUCUACCACGAACAAUACGUCGAUAACUGGGAUCUGCAGCCAGGUGCGAGUAUAGCCCGCGUUAAUUCCCUAAACCAACAGCAGCAUCACGCGAGCGCGAACAUCCCCUAUCAUAAUUACGUAACAGCGGCCGCGAGUAAUCCCUAUCAGAUUUACCAUCAGCAGCAGCAGCAACAGCAGCAGCAGCAACAGCAGCAGCAUGCUCAGAGUAGGUCGAAUUCGUUGGUCACCGCCUGUCCCAGCGGCUUCGCGAUCAAUCGUCAGAGUCACCGCCCGGGCGGUUCCAAAAUCACCGAGGUCUUCGUGACCCCGGAGAGUCAGUAUCUCGACGCCCGUUAUCGCCUCGAUUAUUGGCCGGGGGAGCAGCGACCGAUCGUACCGACCAUACGCACCCCGACCAACGAGACCUUUGCGACGAUCCCGAGCCAGUACGUGGAGCGCUACCCCCGUGGUUAUGCCGUCCCCGCGACCACCAGGAGUCAGGUUCAGGUGCACGCUAUACCUGGUCAGCGCCAGGUGCCUUUGCCAUACCGAGUGCACGAGGCCUCGACUUCCGGUUAUGGAUCGGCAGCCGGUACCCAGUACGGCUAUUACACCAACGACAAGACUGAAUUGGUAUUCCCGACGGUGAGGAUUCACGCGGUUGAUUGUCCCGAGGUCUCCGAUAAUCAGACGGACCGGCCCUCCUACCUUUGUGUGCCAGCAAAGUGCCAGCAGCCGCAGGAGAUUCAAGAGCACGGGACGGUAAUGAUCGAGGAGACGAAUGUCAUUGAAUUGUCAUCGCCCGAGCACGAAAAGGAGGAGGAGCCGGAGGAGCCGGAGAAGCCGGAGAAGCCGGAGGAGCCCGAGGAGCCCGAGGAGCCGGAGGAGCCGGAGGAGCCGGAGGAGCCGGAGGAGCCGGAGGAGGACAAUAAUCAGUCGGGCACCCGGGAGAAUUCCGAUAGUCCUUCGCUCGAGACCGAGGCGACCGUGGUCUCGACCCCCAAGCAGCAGACCGUCAUACCUGACCUGAACCUUGACCUGAGCGGCCUAAAUAGCAGCGACCCGUCGAGCGACGAGUCUAACGGCGAGAAAUGCUGGAGGUCGCCGGAGGAGGUGCGCCUUGGCUGCGGCAGAGUCGCCGCAUUGGCCAAGCACUUUUCGCAGCUCGGUGAGGUGGGCCUCAUCAAAAUUAAGUCCCGUAAGCUUUCGGGCUCCCGUCAAUUUAUGUCCGAGCCGGAUAUAGCCUCGCCCUCGAGCGCGGAAACGAGGAGGCGCACGCGCGCAACCAUCGAGAAAUUCAAGUCGGAGAGCGAACUCCUUAGGGUUGACAAGAGCGUUGCCACUACGCCUGAGAAGGAGUGGAGCAGAAUUCUCCUCGAUAUCCAGACCAAAGGCUUUGAGGAGGAGGAAGCGAAGAAAGAGGAGGUGAAGGAUGAUAAAAAGAAGGAUGCCAAGUUGUCGGUGGCCGAGCAAGAACAGAUAAUUGAGCAGCUGAAGGAGUUCGCGAAUCUCGAUAAUGCGGAUGCGCCUCUCUUUAUACCGAGCAAGAGAGCACAGGCACCCGUAGAACCCGAGCCAAGUAGCCACGAAGAUGACCGCGGAACGAGACGUCCGCGCACCCUCCUCUCUGGCCGCGUGCGCCUCGAGCAAUUGCGCCAGCACUCGUUGCCGACGAUCUUUAGCACGCUAAACGUAUUCCCCGGGUACCGCUGCAACGGACCCCCCAGUAUCCUCUCCGCUCGGGGCAAGGUCAACAGCCUGUCCAAGUAUUGGUCGUUGAAGGACUUGGCAACCGGUGGUGAUGCGCUCGGCUCCAACGGCACCAUGAACGAGGAGAUUGUCGGCGAGUCGCCGGAGGCGAGUUACACGGUUUUCCCCACGUGCUCGCGGGUCGUAAGCGCGCCCGAGAUUACGGACGACAGACCGAAUUACCCGAUAAUCGAAGGCAUCACGAUCAAAAGUACGAUAUCGAUUGGACGUAGAAGGAGCGACGAGAGCGGUUUGGCAUCCUCCUCGUGCAGUUCGCUUCGCUCGACGGUACGGCUCUCAAAGAGCACUAGCGAUAUCUCGGGUCAGGGUCUGGACAUUCGCAAUGAUGAUGAUGAUUAUGAUGAGGAGGAGAUGGAGGAGGACAUGGAAUUAUCGGAUGGUCGUAGUAAGUCGUGGGAGAAGCUCGGGUCGGCGGGUCGUACCGUGGGACACGCGCGGUGCUACGUUAGGAGGGCGGGGGGCUUGGGGCCGAGGCGAAAAUUAGCAAUCGGGAGGAAGAAGGCCAAGAGCGACCAGGACGUAUCGGAGAGAAAAGCGAGGCCGAGACGCAAGAGGGUAGAUUGGAUCCUAAUGGAGAAGUCCUCGCAGCAUCAUCAGGGUCGCACCGAAUCGCGUCCCCGACGCAUGAGCGAACGCGAUUUGUCGUCACGCUUGGGACACGACGCGCCUACUCCACAGCAAAUACACAGCAGCAAAUCCGUUCCCGCUCUUCACAAUGUAGGGACCGAAGGGAAGCUCCAGCACGAGGUCUUUAAUCCAGGAUAUAGCAGGGCCUCCUCGAGUAAUAGCGUGACGCCCCCGGUACAGCCGCCACCGAUGCCCGCCAUGAACGGCGCCACAUCUCUACGAUCGAGAUCCAGUCACAAUUUGCACGAUCCAAAUAGAGCUGGCACUCUGCCACCUAGCGGCUUAUCCAACAGACAACAGUCGUCUCCCAAUUUGAAUCCGAGCCACCUGCACGGACAGAGCGCCAUGCAGAGUAACGAGGCAGAGAGAUUCUAUCAGAACUUAAGCGUCUACAGGAAUCAAGAUCCGACCUUGAAGCAACAACCGAGCCCGCCUCAAUCUUCCGACGACAGGAGUCCUCUACACGCUCAGAAGACCCUCUCGCGCGGCUCUCAGAACUCACUGAAUCGGAACAUGUCGGAGGCGAGUCAGGGUAAAGAGCGUCCAAUGUCCGCGUACAUGACACAGGGUCAGCAGGCGGGCUACACCGCCCAGCAGCAACAGCAACAACAAGGUCCACCGGUCAGGUCACAGUCCUCCCGCGACAUCAUCAGACAAGAGGCCAAACUCCAGGAGAUGCAGGAGGAGGUUCGCCGUCGCGAGCUCCGAGGCGGACCAGGCCCUGGAUCAAUUGGUGGUCCCCAGGUCGGACCUUAUCGCACCAACACCUACAAUCCCCGUGCGGCAGGUCUUCAGCAGAACUCCAUACGACCGGGCAGACCUCUCGGCUCGACGCCGAAUCUCGGCCCAACCUCGCCCAAUUACGGUCGGCCUCCCGGCCAGAACUACGUUUACCCUCCGGACCCUCAACAAUAUCCCCCGUACGGGGGACAGUAUAACAAGCAACAGCAGCAGCAACAGCAACAGCAACAGCAACAGCAACAGCAACAACAACACCAUCAGAUGGUAGCCAAUCAGUACGGGGGCAUGAUGGGCCGCCAGUACGGACAUAACGGGCCGCAGUUUACUAACGGACAGGAAGUGGAGCUCGGCCAGUACACAAAUGCCGGUGGGAUAAGCAGGUCGCAUCCGGAUGGCGACUUGCCGAGUGACGAGGCCCCGGCGAGACCUUCGCUUCCUCACUCGGGUGGUAGUCCACCGCCACCCGUGCCCAACACCAUGACGCAUCCGCUUUAUACGAAACAGUUGGAUCCAUCAUCGAGAUAUAAUGCCAGCAUGCAGGAUCCCCCUAGAGGCGGAUAUUACCCAGCCACUUCCGGUGGUGCGCAGCAGCCACGUCAGUAUCAGUUCAGUGCCAGCAAUCCUUGGCAGAGAGAGGAAAGAGAAAAGGAACAGGCGAGGCGCCGUGAAGCUGCACGCCAAUGGCGCGACCAGCAAAUCACGGAGCUGAGCUCACUACCUCGAAGAACACCCCAGCAGGAGGAGCAAUUGCGAGCCCUCCAGCUUGAACGUGAUUUCCAAAAGCGAGCGGAGGAGGCAGCGAAUCAGCAGGAUGAGGACGAGGAGGGUAACGAGCUCGAGAACGAGAGUGCGGGUCAGCGCGUACAGGGUCUCUUGCGUACCGUUGCCGCUCAGGAUCGUAAUAACCAGUCGCGAGGCAGCGCGGCUAAUCAGUCGGGCAGAGGAGCCCUGUCGCCCCAGCCGGUCGGCAGCCAAAUACAGAUGACGAAUGUGCCUAUACACACGGUAAGCAGUCAGCAAGGCGGUGGCCUGACCAACUCGUACGGCGGCCAUACGGAGAAGACGCCGAAUAACGUCGGCGGCUAUCCGCAACAGAACCAGAAUAUCAAUCAGGCGAGCGCUAGUCAGAAGGCGAGCAUCGAAGCUGCCCAAGCGAACGAGGAGAGGGAGAGGCUGCGCAGAAUGGAAGAGCUCAAGAGGCGCCAGACCGACUUUGACGACAAUCAGAGGAGGAGGCAAGAAGAGGAGGUCAGACAACAUCAGCAACAAAUGCAACACAUGUACCAGCAGCACCAGUCAAACUUGCGAAAUCAGCAGCAAUUACAUCCCGGAAUGCUGCGACUCGACAAUCUCGUCAUCGAGGAGCCCAAUUCACCGAACUCUCAAUGUGGUAACGAAGCACCUCCGCCACCUGAACGGGGCUCGAGUUACGCCAUAAUGUCCCAACAAAGUGCCUUACGAUCUAAUAAUUCGACGACGCCGAAUUCUCAACUUGGAUCACAAUCAACCACAAUGAUCAAGAGGGUUUCCUUCCACGAUCCUAACGCAAACAUAGAGUCGCCAACGCGAAAUAACACACUCAAUACAUCCAAUAUAAUAUCGUCCGUGACAAUGGACACUAUUAGAGAGGAUCCAAACAACUUCAUAAACGAUGCCGAAAUGCUAUUGGCUUCUCCGAAAACACCAGAAGGUCCCGGAGGUUUAUUCCAAGGAGCAACACCUGGCGUGAUAGGCGCUCAGGAAGUUUAUAAGGAUCCGAGGCAGAGGAGAUUAGCGGAAAAACAACGACAACAACAAAAUCUGCAAAUGGGUGCUGUACCGGAGAAAUUAAGUUUCAAAGAAAAAAUGAAGAUGUUCGCCAUGGAAACGGGAGAAGACGGUACCCCAAGAGAUAAAGUAGAGACGACGACAACACAUAUAAUAAUAACGGGCUAAAGUCCAAGGAGCUUAAUGCCUGCAAAAACAAAAUGUAGCAAUAUUAGCAUAUAAAUGUUGUUAGCUUGGAAAAUAAAAUAAGGAUAGAUUAAAAAUGAGAGUGGAAGAUAAGAGUUUUGUAUCAUCUAAUGUAGACUGCAGUGGCUAUAACCUAAUUAGAAUAGGUAUAAAUUUCGCGUUUUCGUAAAGCGCAAUGGCCAUUAAACUGUACGAAGAACAUUCCUCGCGAUUCAACGAAGACAUUUUAAAGAAAAGUUUCAAAAAUAAUCUGAUGAAGAGAAGCAGCAACGUAUAUUGCUAUCAUUGAGAAAUUGACGUCGAUCCAUUUAUAAUAACUCGGUAAUUCAAUGACGUACAACAUUCGUACUACACAUUAUGAACAUAAUAAUUAAUCAAUUAUGAAAGCAACCAUUUUCUUACCAC